GGGCGGGGCCAGCGCUAGCGGUUCCGGUUCGGCUCCCGCUGCCCCUCCGCUCCUUUCUUCCCCCCUCCCAGCCCGCGCCUCUCCUCCCUCCCGCUCCUGGGAAAGAGAGAAGCCACCGCUGCGGGCGGGUAGAGAGCACUCGGCGCUUCCGAGAGGGGACCGCGCCCGCCGCACCUGAGCCUGGGAGCACGGCCGGACCAGGAGGACAGUUGUGAGUGCAGUACGCUUUGACUCAAUGGGGCUGAAUGGGUUGCAAAAUAUCCUCCUAUGCUUGAGAUCUACAGACUACGUGGCCCACAGGAAUUAAUCAAUGGUUUUUCAUCUCCUGGAGAUACAUUAGAAACAAAUAUGAUGCCAAAAGAACUUCUUACCUUUCUCUGACUACGGUUCAUACUUUUUUCUGUUGAAGAGAGGUAUACACACCAAGGAGACUCGUUUUGCAGAGACUCUGUCGUGUAGGAUCAUGGACCAUCCUAAUAGGGAAAAGGAUGAAAGACAACGGACAAGUAAACCCAUGGUACAAAGGAGUGCACACUGCUCCCGACCGUCUGGCUUCAACAUCCUCGGGGGUUCUUAUGGUGGGACCCAACUUCAGGGUUGGCAAGAAGAUAGGCUGUGGGAACUUCGGAGAGCUCAGAUUAGGUAAAAAUCUCUACACCAAUGAAUAUGUAGCAAUCAAACUGGAACCUAUAAAAUCACGUGCACCACAACUUCAUUUAGAAUACAGGUUUUAUAAACAGCUCGGCAGUGCAGGUGAAGGCCUCCCACAGGUGUAUUACUUUGGACCAUGUGGGAAAUACAAUGCCAUGGUGCUGGAACUUCUUGGCCCUAGCUUGGAGGACUUGUUUGACCUCUGUGACCGAACGUUUACUUUAAAGACGGUGUUAAUGAUAGCCAUCCAGUUGCUUUCUCGAAUGGAAUAUGUACACUCAAAGAAUCUCAUUUACCGAGAUGUCAAGCCAGAGAACUUCCUGAUUGGCCGGCAAGGCAAUAAGAAAGAGCACGUCAUACACAUCAUAGACUUCGGACUGGCCAAGGAAUACAUUGACCCCGAAACCAAAAAACAUAUACCUUAUAGGGAGCACAAAAGUUUAACCGGAACAGCACGAUACAUGUCUAUCAACACGCAUCUUGGCAAAGAGCAAAGCCGGCGGGAUGACUUGGAAGCCCUGGGCCAUAUGUUCAUGUAUUUCCUUCGCGGCAGCCUACCCUGGCAAGGACUCAAGGCUGAUACGUUAAAAGAGAGAUAUCAGAAGAUUGGUGACACCAAACGGAAUACUCCCAUCGAAGCUCUCUGUGAGAACUUUCCAGAGGAGAUGGCAACCUACCUUCGAUAUGUCAGGCGAUUAGACUUCUUUGAAAAACCUGACUAUGAGUAUUUACGGAACCUCUUCACGGAUCUCUUUGAAAGGAAAGGCUACACCUUUGACUACGUCUAUGAUUGGGUCGGGAGGCCUAUUCCUACCCCGGUAGGGUCAGUUCAUGUAGAUUCUGGUGCAUCUGCAAUAACUCGAGAAAGCCACACACACAGGGAUCGGCCAUCACAACAGCAGCCUCUGCGAAAUCAGACUGCAUCGUCCGAGCGCCGAGGAGAGUGGGAAGUCCAGCACAGCCGGCAGACCAAUGCCUCGUACCUGACGUCUCACUUGGCUGCAGACCGCCAUGGGGGUUCAGUGCAGGUGGUUAGCUCAACCAAUGGAGAGCUGAAUGUCGAUGACCCCACGGGAGCCCACUCCAAUGCACCAAUCACAGCUCACGCCGAGGUGGAGGUAGUGGAGGAAGCUAAGUGCUGCUGUUUCUUUAAGAGGAAACGGAAGAAGACUGCUCAGCGCCACAAGUGACCAGUGCCUCCCAGGAGUCCUCAGGCCCUGGGGACUCUGACUCAAUUGCACCUGCAGCUCCUGCCAUUUCUCAUUGGAAGGGACUCCUUUGUGGGGGAGGGUGGAGAUCCAAACCAAAAAGAAGAAAACAGAUACCCCCAAAGGAGCCAGUAUGGGCAGCCAGGGCCCAAAGGGUCAGUGGCCAUCCCCGCCUGCCUGAGGCUCUGAGCAGGUCCCAGAGCUGGUACUCCUCCACUGCUGGCCCUUGGGGCUGUCUGGUUGACUCUCCUUCCCAUUGUUUACAGUGAAGGUGUCAUUCACAAAAACUCAAGGACUACUAGUCUCGCCCCUCCCCUUAGUUUGCUCCUGGCUCUUGCCCACCCUCAACCCUCUCUGACACAAAAGCUAGUGAACAAAAGCUUUGUUUGCUGAAGGAGCUCUAGAGGCUAGGGGUGUGGCCAAGAAGGUAGGAGGAAGAUGACAGACCUGGUCUGGGAAAGACCCUUCUCCACCUACCAGGUGUGUCUGGCAGUAUGGCUUCCUCCUCCUCUGUGCCGGUGCAGCCUCCAUCCAUAGCUGCACACAAGGUACAGGUUCCCUCCUCCCCUCCUGUGAAGUUACACUGUAGGACACAAGCUGUGAGAAGUCUGCAGUCUACUGUCCCCGUGCAUUGGUCUUCUUAGCUUUCUUGAGAAGCAAACUUUGUUCUCCAGAUGGUAGUAGGACAAUGCAAAUUGGUCUAAGGAAAAAAAGAAAAAAAAACUGUAUUGCACUUUUAGUUUUGUUUUUUUAUAAACAGAAAACAUGA